AUGGCAACUCGAACUGGUGUACGUACGUACGUACGAAGUUCUACAUUGUUACUGACUGAUAAUGAAUAUCAGUCCAUUACAUUAAAUGAAUAUGACAAGAAAAUUAAUUACUUUUUUCCUCCUCCUCCUGCUACUACUACUACUACUACUACUACUACUACUACUACUACUACUACUACUACUACUACUACUACUACUACUACUACUACUACUACUACUACUACUACCAUUUAA